UAUAUAACACAAUAAAGGAAAGGGAAAAAAGCCAAAAAGCAUAAUAUGAGCACUUUAAAGGCCUUUAGUUUUCUCUUACUCUGAAAUUUAUGACGAAUGAAUACACAAAACAACAAAAACUGCUGUUUGUCAGAAAACCUCAACAGUAACACGUGAUGAGGAAGGAGGUGGGCUGUACUCGGUGUGUCUGGUUAGACGCUAAACUGCUGAUCUCAGAUGACCAACAUUUCAAAUGGAGGAGUCAUCUCUACAGCUGCUGCUGGUUCUGAUCUCUCUGCUGAGCAGCACAACAAACCAAGCCUCUCUGACUGUGAGUCCCAGCAGCUCUCAGAUGUUUGAAGGACAGUCUGUCUCUCUGAGCUGUGAGGAGGACGACAGCUCUGCUGGAUGGACUCUGAGGAGGAACACGACCGGAGACACCGGGACCAGGAAGUGUGAUGACUGGGGAGGAAAGUCUGCUGGUUCUUCCUGUAACAUCAGCUACAUGGACCCAGUGGACAGUGGAGUUUACUGGUGUGAGUCCAGAGAGGGAGCAACCAGUAACAUCAUCAACAUCACUGUCACUGGUGGACCAGUGAUCCUGCAGAGUCCUGUCCUCCCUGUGAUGGAGGGAGAAGACCUCACUCUGACCUGUAAAACAAAGACGUCCUCCAACCUCACAGCUGGUUUCUAUAAAGAUGGCUCCUUCAUCAGGACUGAGCCUGCAGGUCACAUGACCAUCCACCAUGUUAACAGGUCUGAUGAAGGCCUCUACAAGUGCAACAUCAGCAGUGUUGGAGAGUCUCCACCCAGCUGGGUCUCUGUCACAGAGAAAACCAUGACUACAAGUCCUCCUACAAGUCCUCCUACAACCUCCACCACCUCUGGCUUCAACAGUUCUUCCUCUCCCCCAGGCUCCUCUCCUCCUCCCCCCGGCUCCUAUACUCUUCCCCUUGUGUUGGGGUCUGCAGUUUCAGUCGGUGUCCUGGUUCUCCUGGUUCUCUUGGUUCUCCUUGUGAGACACAUCCGUAGGAAACCUAAAGCUGCUGAAGUAGAAGCUGGAGAUGGUGACGUCACAUACAGUGAUGUCACAAUAUUGCGUAACCUGAAACAGCCAAACAGACAGAGCAGAGAGAGUGAUCCUGCUGUGAGAACAGAAGACGUCUGUUACGGACAAAUAGUGAUCAAAGACAAGAAAUCAAAAAGGAAGAGAGAGAGUGAUCCUGCUGUGAGAACAGAAGAGGUCUGUUACGGACAAAUAGUGAUCAAAGACAAGAAGACAAAAAGGAAGAAAGAGAGUGAUCCUGCUGCAAUCUACUCUGGAGUGAAAACAGAAGACGUCAGUUAUGGACAAAUAGCGAUCAAAGACAAGAAAAAAAACAGGAAGAAAGAGCCUCCAGCAGAGCCAGAGGUCCUCUACGCCUCAGUGAGGAAGACCUGAACACCAUCACACCAGAACAACCAGUGGAGUCCAGACGGCCAAUCACUGGUCCCCAGAGACCCUCACAUCUACAUCUAUAUAGCCCUGGUGUAUUUGUCGGAGAUUUUAAACCUUUGCAAGCACAAAAAGGUCAGUCCAGUCAUCCAAUCAACUGGCUUUAGAAGUCCCAAGGUCGAGGUACAAACUGUGCGGUCAGCCCUAUAUUCCCACAUUUCUAAGAUUUUUCUUAAAAUUAAGGUUAGGGUUAUGUUUCUAAUAAACAAAGAGAUGGGCGCACCAGAUUUAGCUACAAACUACAUUCCAUCUGUAGUCCAUUGCUACUGGAUAAUAGGUUGGGUGUAAUUGGCUACCAAAUUGGGAGAAAGGAGGAUACAAUCUGAUACGUAUUUAUUAAAAAGGAAAUGUGGGUAAUUUUGGAAAAAAAUCUUAGAAAUGUGGGAACUGUGGAAACAUAGGGCCUAAUUUUGAAAAGAAAUCUUAGAAAUGUGGGAACAUAGACCUGUGGGACCAUUGGACUGUGGGAACAUAGGCAUGCUCCCCAAACUGUGGGGGGGUCACUCUUUUCAGUUGCUGCCCCGAGACUUUGGAACAAGUUACUUCUUUAUUUAGAAUGGCUUUUAAUGCACAGUAGCGUUGCAGCAUUUUCCCUUUCUGUCUCCUGUUUUUAUGCAACAGUUUUAGAUUUGACUGUAUUUUAUGUUUUACUCUUUUUUAUUGUAUGGUACAUUUUUUUUAUUAUUGGUCCUUCAAGCACUUUGGAUACCUGUUGGUUGCUGUGAAGCACUUUAUGAAUAAAUGUUGAUUGAUGUUAAUGCAGCUACAAAGAGACAAACAACUCACAUUUUAAGCAUGUUUGCAUUCUUUAGAUGUGUUUCGUUCAAAAAAAUGCUUCUUAUUUAAGUCAUACAUGUGUUCCUCUCUAAGUGUUUCAUACAUUGCACAACAACCAGCAAAUAUCUACUGAACAGAGUUUAAUGAUAAUAACUAUUUACUGAUAUUUAUAUUGUAUUUUUGAGCUUGUUUCUGUGCAGGAUCAAUAAACUCUGGUGUCAGCGGUU